GGCAUGUAACUUUAGAUGAUGCACACUUAGGUCAUUGCGCUGUAAACCAAUGCCCGUGUUGCGUUGGGCUGGGCUCUCUAGUAGGUGUGUUGCUGCCUGUGUUAUUGGAAGAGCAUUCUACAAGUGUGGGAAGAAAGGACGUGCCACCAGCCUCAGCUUCUAGGGACUUUUCUCUUGGCAGGGAAGGAUUUUAUGUUAAUCAGAAAUACUUUCAGAAGAUUCAAGAAACGGUAAGGGCGACGCCAAUCUGCGAAGGGCCGGCAUGGGAAUCCUAUACUCUGAGCCCAUCUGCCAGGCGGCCUACCAGAACGACUUGGGUCAAGUGUGGCGAUGGGUGAGAGAAGACAGCGCUUGCAUCAAUGUGCGAGAUGACUUCAAUGGAGACACUCCCCUGAUCUGUGCCUGUAGGCGAGGACACCUGAGAAUCGUUUCCUUCCUUUUAAAAAGAAAUGCGGAUGUGAACCUCAAAAACCGGAAAGAGAGAAACUGCUUGCAUUAUGCUGUGAAGAAAAAAUUUACCUUCUUUGAUUACCUCCUCAUCAUCCUCUUAAUGCCCGUUCUGCUUAUCGGGUAUUUCCUCAUGGUGUCAAAGACCAAGCAGAAUGAGGCUCUUGUCCGAAUGUUGCUCAACGCCGGGGUGGACGUGAACGCCGCAGACUGUUAUGGCUACACAGCCCUGCAUUACGCCUGCCAAAUGAAAAACCAGACCCUUAUCCCUCUGCUUCUGGAAGCUCGUGCUGACCCCACGAUCAAGAACAAGCGUGGUGAGAGUUCCCUGGAUAUUGCACGGAGAUUAAUGUUUUCCCAGAUUGAAUUAAUGCUAAGGAAAGCUUCCUAAUCCUUGUGGCCUUGCAUGGAGAAGUAGAAAAAGUUAAAGGACUGAAUUCUAUCUCCAUUUUGGACAAGUGGUCUGUGGACCGUUGAACCUGGAUUCUGUGAUUUUUUUUUGGUUAUCCUGGGUAACCAUAACGGUGGUUGCCACGGUUAAUGUUUUGGAAGAGCUUUGUAUUUAGAAUUUUCUUUUGCCCAGUGGAGUUCACCUUGGUCACCAUCCUUUUAGGAGAUACACUAGAACUCUUGGAGUCUCCAUUUGGGUCCAAAAAAAAAGGUGACGUUUCAAACUUAGUCUCUUCCAAAGAAAAGGAUCAGAGUUACCUGGUUUGGUUUUCUCUUCCCAGCUGUGUAGCUCUUACCUGGCAAUUUCAUGCCCAGAAGACAGCUGUUUCUCUCCGUCCUUUUUGAGUAGUCAGAAGAAGAAUCAAAGUAUACAUAUUUGUGUGGACCGAUGUGUUGGGGGAAUGGGAGAUGAGCUUCAUAUGUAAAUAUUUACUUGGUGAAACAACUUCAACAAAAUCAUCUCCCACUCGUCAGGGGUGGGAGUAUUUAUGCCACAGUAAUCAGCAAAUGCCAGGGGAAGGGUCAGAAGGAGAAGCAGAAGCAGACUCCUGACGCGGACCUGGAUCCCAGGACCCUGGGAUCAUGACCUGAGCCAAAGGCAGAUGCUUAACCCACUGAGCCACCCAGGCACCCCUCCGGAGAGCCAAUUUAACCAGCAUAGCUCUAGACAUUUUGCUACUGGUUUACAAAUAAAAGUCAUCCUCACUUUGAACAAAA